AGACAGAAACUAGAAUAACUGGGAGUGACUGGCAAAAUCCAGGGUAGAAGAGCAAGAGGAAGACAAAGGAAGAAAUACACUGACAGUUUAAGAAGCAGAACAAGUAUAAGAUUUGAGAGCAACACCAAGGUGUUGGCUGCUAUCAAGGACCGUGAAAGUUGGAGAGCCAUGAUCACCCAUGUUGUAAAACAUAGCUCCUGAAGAAAAGAAGAAUGUUCUGGAAUGACCUGCCUUAAAAGGAGUAGCAGUACAGUGCCCAGUUACCAAGCCAUGGCAUAUAUAAAGAUUUGGUGCAUUUUAGGGCUAGGAGCCCUGGUUUCUCUCUCACGAGCUCAUAACGAUUUCUUCACAUCUAUCGGCCAGAUGACGGAUCUGCUAUACACCGAGAAAGAUCUGGUGACAUCAUUGAAAGACUACAUUAAAGCAGAAGAGAGCAAACUGGGUGAAAUCAAACGGUGGGCGGAAAAGUUGGACAGACUUACUGAGACAGCCACCAAAGAUCCAGAAGGGUUCCUAGGGCACCCAGUGAAUGCUUUCAAAUUGAUGAAACGACUGAACACAGAAUGGUUGGAGCUAGAAAACUUGGUUCUCAAGGACAUGUCAGAUGGAUUCAUUUCUAACCUCACCAUUCAAAGACAGCACUUGCCAAACGAUGAAGAUCAGACUGGAGCUGCCAAGGCUCUGAUACGCCUCCAGGACACAUACAAACUCGAUGCAGAGACUAUUUCUCGGGGAAACUUGCCAGGUGUGAAGCAUAAAACAUCACUCACUGCAGAAGAUUGCUACGAGCUGGGCAAAGUAGCCUACACAGAUACAGAUUACUAUCACACAGAAGUGUGGAUGGAGCAGGCACUGAAACAGCUGGAUGCUGGCGAGGUAUCUACCAUUGACAAAAUCACCGUACUGGACUACCUGAGCUACGCAGUGUAUCAGCAAGGUGAUCUGGACAAGGCAUUAGAGCUCACAAAGAGACUGCUGAAACUGGAUCCUGAGCACCAGCGAGCAAAUGGAAACCUGAGGUAUUUUGAGUAUAUGAUGGCUGACCAGAAAAAAGAAAAGUCAAGCUUGGCCCAGAAGACCGAAGAAAACAAAUCAGGGGAUGUUUCACAAACAAAGAGAGAGCGCCCAAAGGAUUACCUGCCAGAGAGACAGAAAUAUGAAAAGUUGUGCCGAGGAGAAGGUAUCAAACUGACUCCUCGAAGGCAGAAAAGUCUCUUUUGCCGUUAUUCAGAUGCAAACAGAAAUCCUUCAUACGUUCUGAAGCCUGUGAAACAGCAGGAUGAAUGGGACAAACCUCGAAUUAUCCGCUAUAUUGAUAUCAUUUCUGACCAGGAAAUUGAGCGAGUGAAAGAGUUAGCAAAGCCAAGGCUGAGACGAGCCACCAUUUCUAACCCAAUAACUGGAGUGUUGGAGACAGCUCAUUACAGAAUAAGCAAAAGUGCAUGGCUGUCAGGAUAUGAAGACCCAGUGAUUAAUCGUAUUAACCAGAGAAUACAAGACCUCACAGGCCUUGAUGUUUCCACAGCAGAGGAGCUGCAGGUGGCCAAUUAUGGGGUUGGGGGCCAGUACGAGCCUCAUUUUGACUUUGGACGGAAAGAUGAACCUGAUGCAUUCAAAGAGUUGGGGACUGGGAACAGGAUUGCUACCUGGUUAUUUUACAUGAGUGAUGUAGCAGCUGGAGGAGCCACAGUCUUUCCUGAAGUAGGAGCAGCAGUGUGGCCACAGAAGGGCACGGCAGUAUUUUGGUACAACCUUUUUCCCAGUGGGGAAGGUGAUUACAGCACCCGGCAUGCAGCUUGUCCAGUAUUAGUUGGAAACAAAUGGGUGUCAAAUAAGUGGAUCCAUGAACGUGGGCAGGAAUUCCGAAGAAGAUGUAACUUGUCAGAGUUUGAUUGAUAUGCCUUACAGUGUAUGUGAAUUAUCCUCCCUGUGUCCACACCACUUACACUACAGCUCAGUUACUGUUUCGACUCAACAUUGUUCACUGUUCUUGCCCCACCACCCCGCCAAGAAUUAGCCCGACUUGAAGACCUUUCUGUUCACCACCAUAAUGAAAACCUGAGCAGAAAGGUUCAUGUUUUAUAACCCUUUCCAUUGACAGGUUUGAUUCAAGCAAGCCAGGCCGGUUACAAGACUGGAAAUGUUUCUUGCAUUCAUUAAAUCUUCCACUUAAACUGUAUUUCUCCUUGGUCUUUGGAAGAAAAAAGAAUUUUGCUAAAGAUACUCGGUUCCUUUCAACAAAUUGAUUUCUAAGGGGUGAUUUCACAAUCCUGAGAUUCCAAUGUGAAGCUGCACCCUCAGCACGCACGAGAUCAUUGCUGAGAGCAAAGAUUGUGCAGUCAUUCCUCGGGAGUAUGCUUUCUUUGGGCACCUGUUGCAUCAUGUGGCUUUCAGAAAUAACUCUAUCUGAAACUGCUUCUCAGAAUUUGGCCUGCUCUUAUGAAAUGCAUCACUCACUGAAAGAGCAGGGCUUUUGCUUCACAAGGUAUCCUGGUUAAUCAAGCGUUUUCCAAACUUGAGUUUUUGUAGUUAUGUUUGCUAGUUUAGUGUACGUACAAUGAUGUAGAUGGGGCCUCUGAAGUCACACGGUUCACUGAAAAGCCCCAGUGUUGGAUUUAGCAGUACCUAAUUCCCUUUUAUUAAAUGUAAGAAAAUCAUCUGAAUCUUGAAGCUUUUCAAGAAACUGUUGAGCACUCCAAUGAAUCAUUGAUUUAGGGGGGUUUUUUUUUGAAGAAAAGGUAAUGUCGGAGAUUUUCAGUUUCACACUUAGGGAGAUAGCUGAGCAAUUAUUUAUUUAAAUAAGGUGGCUGUAUUUGUACUGCAUUCCACCAUAUGUUUGAGGAUACCAGUAAUAUAUGUGUGGUAUACUCAAGAAUGCAAGACUUGAUGCAGUUUUGCACAGAAUGCUACAUCACUGCUAACAUUUGCUCUCUCCGUGUGAUUCGUUGUCACUUACUGCUGCUCUUUCUAACUGUUCACCACCACCUCCAGCAAAACCCGUUGAAACAUGUGAAUUGUGUCGUGUGACAAUGUCGAUUCAUUAUUCCAACAUCAAGAAUCAGUUGGGUCCUCAACAUGAGUGUGCCUUUGCUUUAAGCAUCUUUGAAAUCAUUCAGUAAAGAUGUGAUCAUUGUGUACUUACUAGAAAUACUGAUUUGUUACUGGAUAUGUAUCUUUUUUCUGUUUUUUUUUAAAUAUACAUUUCACAA